AUGCUCCGCAGGCUCUUCCUGCCGAUCCCGUGCAGUCAACACGUGAACAGUUUUGUAACCGCUGAUGUUGAUUUCAUCUGCGGGCAUUGUCCAAGUCUCUCCGAGGAGUAUGACGUCGCUUGUUGUGUAGAGGACGUCAUUCUCUAUCUGGCCGCGGUGCUUUGCAAAGAUCUGUAUAUUGUGAAACACAAACUGGAAAGCGGAAUGUUCUGUAAUUUGAAAUGGGGCUGA